AUGGUGAUCCCGACGCAUAGCUUCCAUACCCACCCCAUCUAUACUAAAGAGUCUGGGAGGGCUGAGGUUUGCGAGGCGCCUAUAAUCGAGAGCGUCGCCGUACUCGAAGAGGAUGAAAAGACUUCGAAAGAAAGAGAUGACGCCAUCGAUGACGUCGAAGUCUGGGAUGGCGUGUUGACGGAGGAGGCGGGGAUUGCCGAAAUCAAUCCUACACUGCAGAGGGAAUCCAUUGAGGAGAAGGAGCAUGUCGAGAUUACAAUGGAAUCCCCAAGCGAGCAGAGUUCACACUCGAUCAGCCCUGGGAACGACGCGACGCCGUCAAAAGACUCGGAAAGGCAUGAAUUCGUCGCCGAACAGGUCGAGGAAGUGCAAAAAACGCCGAUAGAGGUCUCUCGCCUUACGGAAGCGACUUCUGUCAGUCUUAGCAGCGCUUCCUCAUUUUCCCCUUCCUUUUCCUCGUCGCCGGAGAGAAGAUCCUUGUCGAGAUCGAGCACUGGGGUCUCUUCAAAGACAUUUUCAACUAGGAGCACAACGUUACCACACAGUAGUUCGGAGUUAACUUCGUCCAGAGGCAAUAGCUUUAAUCGCACACGCGUGUAUCCGAGAAUGACGGCAGAACAGCUAAAAAUCGCCCUCAUCCGCCUGCGCAGUCGUAUUAAAACAAUUCAGUUGUAG